AUGCUCAAAUUCAAGCGCGCCUAUUCCACCGGCUUCGCCAACGCCAUUCCCCCGGCCAAGCUCAAAUACGUGCCCACGUCCGGCACGUACCCAAAGGGCUUCCUCGCCUCGGGCGUCUUCGUCGGCGUCAAGCCCGGCAACACCAGCAAGCCGGAUCUCGCCCUCGUCACGUCCGACAGACCGGCCUCAGCCGCCGCCGUCUUCACCAAGAACAAGUUCCAGGCGGCGCCGGUGACGUUUAGCCGCAAGAUCCUGCAGACCAAGGCCAAUGCUGGGCUGCGCAGCGUCAUUGUCAACUCGGGCAAUGCAAAUGCCGUGACCGGUGUCGGAGGCCUGGAGGAUGCGGCGAGCAUGGCGAGGACGACGGACCAGCGGGUUGGCAGCGAUGAUUCGACGCUGGUGAUGAGCACGGGCGUCAUUGGACAGAGGCUUCCUAUCCAGAAAAUCGUGGACCACAUCCCCAUGGCCUAUCACCAUGCCGGAGAGUCUCACAGGCACUGGCUCGACUGUGCCAAGGCCAUCUGCACCACCGACACUUUCCCCAAGCUCAUGUCGAGGUCCUUUGAGCUGCCUUCUUCGCCUGGCGUCGAGUACCGCAUUGCGGGCAUGACCAAGGGUGCCGGCAUGAUGGCCCCCAAUCUGGCUACUAUGCUCACCAUCUUGGCCACCGAUGCUCCCAUUGCGCCCAGUCUCAUGAACCCUCUGCUGAAAUACUCGGUGGAUCGCUCGUUCAAUGCCCUGACCAUUGACGGCGACACCUCGACCAACGAUACCGUGGCUCUUCUUGCCAAUGGCGCGGCUGGCGGCAAGGAGAUUUCAUCUGAGCAGUCUGCCGACUACAAGGCCUUCAAGGAACUCCUGACUGACUUUUCUGCCGAGCUCGCCAAAUACCUCGUCCGCGACGGCGAGGGAGCCACCAAAUUUGUCACCAUCCGUGUCGUGGACGGUGCUUCCGAGGAGGCGUCUCGAGAAAUCGCCCGAGCCAUUGCUCGCUCUCCUCUCGUCAAGACAGCCCUCUACGGCAAGGAUGCCAACUGGGGCCGUAUUCUGUGUGCCGCCGGCUACGCACUUAUUUCGCCUCCUGGCCAGCCUGUCAACGACGUCCCUGAGAUUAUCCCCGAGCGGACGAGCGUGUCUUUUGUGCCCACCGACGGCUCGGCGGAGCUGAAGCUGCUGGUGAAUGGUGAGCCGGAGAAUGUCGAUGAGCAGAGGGCGAGCGAGAUUCUCGAGAUGGAAGACUUGGAGAUUCUGGUGAGGCUGGGGACGGGUGACAAAAGCAUUGUGCACUGGACUUGUGACUUUAGUCACGAUUAUGUUACGAUUAAUGGAGACUACCGGACAUAG